CGAGGCUGUUACAGUAGAGUUCGAAAACAGAUCACCCCUUAAACGCUCAUGUUUUGUUCCUCGGCCUGUACCCGACACACUAAUCCGUAUUGAGAUAAUCGUACUUAUAUGAGUCAUCUUUGCCAAGGAGGGGGUUUCUCGUAGUCCAAGGUCAAAACAAUAUCGAGCUGCAUCAUACGAGUGACCUACACUCUUUUGCUCGCCCGCUAUUUGAAUUUGUGUUAAGCAUGGCUUCAAGCGAUUUUCCGCUGGCAUCCUGGGAGACUUUCGCCCCUUCUUGGGAUGAAGGCAUGGGAGAUGAAGGAAAUGAAUAUUUCCGCUUUCUAGAACUUCCCAUCUUAGUGAAGCUGAUUGGUAAAUUAGAAGGAUGCAAUGCUAUAGACCUUGCAACAGGAAAUGGUCUUGUGGCUCGCUGGUUAGCCCAGAAAGCCGCUUCUGUCAUCGCAACCGACGGUGCAGCGACGAUGAUAGACCGUGCAAAGGCGCGAACGGACAUCUCUCUUUAUGGAAACAAGAUAUCCUUCCAUCGCCUCGACGUCACAAGCCAGUCCUCUUGGGAGAAUUUCAUGGCGAUCGAUAAUAGUCUGAUGAAUGACGGCUUCGAUGUUAUCACUAUGAAUAUGGCUCUCAUGGACAUUCAGGAUCUGGGGCCAUUAGCAAGAUCUUUGAAAAUUUUGCUCAAACCGAACGGUUGCUUCGUUGCUACUCUGCUUCAUCCGCUAUUUUUUACAUCUGGGGCAGCUCGGCAGAUAGUAGUCCAUGAGGACCCGGAGACUGGCCAGCGAAUUGUCGACCGCUCUAUUGUUGUAAGCAAAUACUUGAAUGUCGCUCCCGCAAGACAAUUGGUUUUGAAAGGGGAAACUGAGUCGCCGUACUUGUUCCACCGGCCUCUUAACCAGCUCUUUGCACCGUUCUUCCAAGCGGGUCUCGUCCUGGAUGCACUUGAGGAGACCAAUUUCGAUGAAGGCUUCCGUGAUCCCCUACGUGAACACGCAUCGAGGAAUUUUACCGAAUUUCCGAAAAUACUUGGCUUCAGGAUGAGGCAUAUGUCUGAUAUUUAGCGCAAGGAACAUUAGCAGGCUCGUCAGAUCACGGAGGCGGCAGAGUAAUUUGAUUCCGGACGUCACUAGUAAAUAAGAGAGUUUAUUUGCCUUCCUACAGUAUGUCGAACGAUACUCGAGAGGGAAGUACAGCCAACUCGACCACAAUUGAAGCGGGUUCCUGCCACUACGUGUGCCACUGAAAACAGUUUAGAC